UUGUAGUUUAAAAAUUACUCUGCUUUCAACUUGUAAAAUACCACUUCAACUAUUUUAUGUCGUACAAGAUCGAUUUUUUGUGAUGUGAUUUUUAAUUAUUUUGUAAGAAAAAUGAAUUUUCUACUUGGAAUCAAUCUUUUUAUCUGCUUUAUAGUAGGAUGUUACGCCUCAGGAGAAGAUAUAGCUCUCGAUGCAAAGGCUACAUUGUUACAUCGUAUAGAUAGUUUAAACCUACUUAUAUAUACUUGUCUUCUAACACUUACUGUACUCACUAUUUGGGUGUUUAAGCAUCGCCGUGUGAGCUGGCUCCAUGAAACUGGCCUCGCUGUUAUAUAUGGUCUCAUUGUUGGUGCAAUCAUUCGUUAUGGUGCCAGCACAAAUCAAGUUACCUACAUUGACGCUAUGCCUGCGGCAGACACAACCUACAAUUUGUCUGUGCCACCAGAUAUGUUGCGUUUACAUUUUCCUAACAAGAUGCAAACAUCUGCAGAAGGUAUCACUGUGCCAAAUAAAACCUAUGCAUACAGCUUCAGAGGUGAGAUAGUGAACAUGGCACAAAAUGAAAUUGAUUUGAAGGCAACAUUUGAUCCGGAGAUAUUUUUCAACAUAAUUUUACCUCCUAUUAUAUUUCAUGCCGGAUACUGUUUAAAGAGGAAAUAUUUCUUCCGCAACCUGGGCGCUAUAUUAACGUUCGCAAUGGUGGGCACAGCACUCUCGGCUCUCGUUAUCGGUUCUUUGAUGUACGGAUGUGUGCAGCUCAUGCCUAAGUCACUCGCAGCAAGCUUCACCUUUCUUGAUACUUUGUACUUCGGGGCAUUGAUAUCACCCACCGACCCACUCACUGUGCUCGCUAUAUUCUCACAGCUUAAGGUUGACGUUAAUUUAUAUGCAAUGAUAUUCGGAGAGAGUGUUCUAAAUGACGCAGUGGCUCUAGUACUAAGCGGAGCCAUUCAGAAUUAUGAGAAGAGGUAUUCAAAUGACGGCGGGUUUGAGAUCACUGCAUUUCUCGGUGCGAUCGGGGACUUUAUCGGGAUAUUCAGUCUGUCUCUCCUCAUCGGUGCUCUGAUGGGCUGUUUUACCGCAUUGAUGACAAAGUUCACUCACGUGCGGGACUGGCCGCUGCUGGAGUCUGCACUCUUCGUGCUCAUGUCCUACGCCGCCUUCCUCAUUGCUGAAGUCUGCGAGCUCACUGGUGUAGUGGCUGUGUUAUUCUGUGGCAUAUGUCAGGCACAUUAUACAUACAACAACCUGUCUGCGGACUCGCGCAAUCGCACCAAGCAACUCUUCGAGCUGCUCAACUUCCUCGCGGAGAACUUCAUCUUCACGUACAUCGGUGUCUCCAUGUUCACAUUCCCUAAGCAUCACUUCGAUCCCUGGUUUAUCAUCGCUGGAUUUAUAACAUCGACUCUGGGGCGAGCUGUCAACAUCUACCCGCUAUCCUUCCUGUUGAACCUCGGCCGCAAGCCACCCAUACCUAUCAACUUCCAACACAUGCUGUUUUUCUCUGGUCUGCGCGGUGCGAUGUCUUUCGCCCUAGCUAUACGUAACACGGUAUCUGAGGCGCGGCAGGCCAUGCUCACCACCACCUCGCUCAUCGUCAUCGCCACCGUGGUGCUGCAGGGCGGCGCCGCCACGCACGCGCUCGCCUACCUCCGGAUACCCACCGGGCAAGGACAAAACGAUGAAAAUGAAGCACUACCGUACCGUGAUGUAAGAAGCCUGUACCAGGCCACGGACACUGGCGGACCGAAUGGCAGCAUGGUAGUUAAGUGGGGCAAAGGAGACAGUGGAGUGAUAAUGCCUUGGCAACUAAAUAAACUCGCAGAGACGCCGCGCAGUGAGGGCGGGGAGAAGGCUCGACUGGCGCGGCUGUGGGGCGCGGUGGACUCCAAGUUGCUCAAGCCGCUGCUGACGCACGCUCGGCCGCCGCUCACAGACACCUUGCCGGCGUUCUUUAGACCCAUCGCCCGAGUGCUGACUACCACUCGCCAAUACACACAAGGAGAGAAUAACCUCCAUAGAACGGACUCUGAUUCAGAUUUGUGCAUCGACGAGCCGCAGCCGGUGCCCGCCAGCAUCGACCCGCAGCAAUUAUGGCCCGGACUUGUGGACACUCGGAUCUCUGUCGAAGGUAUUACUGGCAGUAACAUAUAAAUGUGAUUUAUUUUACGUCAGAUAUGUCCUCCGUAUAAAGGUAGACUGCAAUUGACGCAUCUGCAAUUGCGGAUGUCUAUGGACAGCGGUCGCUUCGCUAUUUCGGCGAAU